AUGCUGCAGAAGGUUGAACAGGCAAAAUGUGGAUGGGAGCAUUCUCCUCUGACACAGAAUGAAUGGCAGAUGGUCAACAUCUGUAUCAUGAAAGAAAAUGAUCUUGGAGGAGUGUUGACACAUGCACAAAUGCAUGAAGGAACAGAGAGCCAGUGGGAUUCACUGUUUGACAACAUCUUCUGGACUCCAAAUGAACUGAAUAGUAACUGGGGAAAGAUAAAAUCAAUAAAGAUGUGGGAAGGAUUUGUGCAUGAUAUGUCUUCUUCAAGACAAGUGGAAGACAUGCGAAGAGCACUGAAAAGGGCAUUUGAUGAAUUCCUGUGGUGUGUUUGGUCUGAUAGCACAUGGGUGUGUGUUUAUGAGAAGUCGGGAGGGAAACUGAUUAAACUGGAACGAGUUCGAAAAGAGGCUCUACCAUGUUCAGCAGUCUGCCUCAUCCAGAAUCCAUGGAUAGAGAACUGGAGAUUUGAUAUUAUGAGUGGCCACAUGCCAGCAUUGCGGAAUGUUGAGGAAUGGAGGGAUAGGGAGGAUGAAGAGGAAAUCAUGGCAAUAAUUGAGAGGGAAGAAAGAGAGAAGCAAAAAGAGAUGGACAUGCAGGAAAGAGAAGAUUGCAUUCUCUGA